GCUGCUGCUGUGGCGUCUUCCACCACCCACACUCUCUUUCUAGGUCCGAUUUCCUCCAAGGGAUUGAACCAUCAUCUAUUCUCCCAAGAAAAACUGGUGGCCUUCCCCCUUAACGUUGCCGAAAGAGCCACAGACAAAUGCGAGGCCUCUGGCUGGCCACCACCGCAUCUUGCUGCCUCUCCUCCUCCCCAUCUGAAGGCGGGAUGGCACCCCUGCCGACCGCCGCGGCGGCUAGCUUGAUCACGCGGGGGGGACUUGGUUUCACCGCCUCGCGGGCGCGGCUCCUCGUCGGCGGCAACCGAAAGGGGGGGCAGUCACUGGCAGCAGCAGCAUCAACAGCAGCAGCAACAGCAACACCGGGCUUCGUGUUGCCGUUCAGUACAACGUCAACUUGGAUAUCGAGGGCGCAGCGGCAGAGGGGCCAUGUCACAGCGGCAGUACAGCGGAGGAGGCCGCGGGUAGCGGCCUAUCCUUCGAGAAGCGUGGUUACCGCGCCUGCCUGCUUGACGGGAGCUGCGAGAAGACCGUCGCAACGCUUCUUUUAUUCGUCGCUGGAGCGGGCUACUACUGCUGCGCCUGCUGUUGUUGGUUUAGCGGCAACCAGGGUUGAGGGCGACUUGGAGGCAGUGGCAACGGAGGGAGAGGAGGAGGAGAAGGAGGAGGGACCUGCGCCGUUCAAGGUCGGUGCUCGAGCUCGCCACUGCCGCUUGGAAAAUCGAACACGACAGCGGAUGUGCAUGCCUGCGCCUCCCCUCCAGAAGCAGAUGCGGGAUAGCCUUAUGUACCACGCACUCGCCGUUCGUCGUAUCGGCGAGCUCCGUGUGUUUCCGUACAGCCACGCGCGCUCUCCAAAACUUCUGCCUGCUGCCACACAACGGCAUGUAUACAUGUUAACAAAGGUGAAUCUGCUGGAGAUGAGCAAUGCGGAGGUUGAAGCCUUCCUCGUGGCCAUGGGGGAGCCCAAGUUUCGUGCCAAACAGGUGCUGAAAUGGAUCUUUGAAGGGGGAGCGGAGUCCUUCGAGGACAUGGCCAACAUCCCGAAGACGCUGCGGGCCAAACUCGCCAAGGUGGCCACCGUGGGUGCUCUAGAGGUAAGCAAGGACGGCACGAAGAAGCUGGCGUACCGUCUGUCGGACGGGCAGAUAAUCGAGUCGGUGCUGAUGCCCUACUCGGACGGCCGGAGGACGGCCUGCAUCUCGUCGCAGGCCGGGUGCGCCAUGGGCUGCGUCUUCUGCGCGACGGGUCAGAUGGGGUUCAAGCGGCAGCUGAGCGCGGCCGAGAUUUUCGAGCAAGCGUACCGGUUCUCCCAGGAGCUGCAGAAGCGGGGAGACCGCCUUUCCAACGUGAUACAUCGAACCGUUGAUGUCGCGAACGCUGCUCUUUCCUCUCCAUCGACCAAGGUGUUCAUGGGGAUGGGCGAGCCCCUGGCCAACUACAAGAACGUGAUGGAAGCCGUGAGGCGCAUCAACACCGAGCUGGGCAUCGGCGCGAGGCACAUCACCAUCAGCACGGUGGGGUUGGUACCCCGCAUCCUCCGCCUCUCCCAGGAGAACAUCCAGGUCAAGCUAGCCGUGAGCCUGCACGCCGCGAACGACCGCGAGCGCGGCGCCCUUCUCCCCGUUAACCGGCGCUUCCCCCUGUCCGAGCUGAUGGACGCGUGCCGGGAGUACGUGGACGUGUCCGGGAGGCGGAUGACGUUCGAGUGGGCCCUCAUUCAGGGGGAGAACGACAGCGCCGAGGUUGCCUCGGAGCUGGGGCGGCUGCUCCGGCCGCUCAAGGGCAUGUGCCACGUGAACAUCAUCCCCCUUAACCCGACGGACGGGUACAAGGGGGGGCCGUCGAUGGCCGACGCGGUGAACCAGUUCGUUGAAGUGCUGGCCAAGAACGGGGUCCCAGCAACCCCAAGGCAAGCAAGCGUGUUGUCGUCCAGUAUUUGGCCUUCGCAGGACUUUUUUCGUUUCUUAUUGUUAUAA